AGGCGACCAGUUUUAUUUAAAAAGCUAAAGAUGGAAAUUGAUGACACCAAUGUUUAUGAUAAGAUAGUGGAUGGAUGGGAAAGGACAGAAACAGACAGAGGAGUUCCCUAUUACAUAUGCCACAAGACAGAGAGCACAUCAUGGAAUCAUCCAUUCUAUCAGAAGAUGAUGGAGGAAUUAGAUGAAUACAGAGAUAUUAGAUAUGCAGCAUACAGAACUGCCUUCAAGAUACGCCACGUACAAAAGCAGUUGAAAUUGCACCAUGUAAAACUGGAAGCUCUGAAGGAGAUGUUUGAUUGCCAUGGUUACCGUGAGAGUUGUGACAUGGUGAUUGGCUGUGAGGAGUUACAGGAACUACUGACCAGUGUCUACCAGUCUGCUGACCAGGCGGCCAACAUCACCAUACAACAGACCGAAGUGUACGCCCAGCUGCUGCAGAACCUCAUCCUCAAUCUCUUUGACAUGGACAGAACAGGUUGUAUAAGGGUUUGUUCAGUGAAGCAGGUCCUCAUUGUGUUAACAUCAGCUCGCCUGGCAGACAAAUAUCGAGCCCUGUACCAGGAGUUGGCUGAUCCUAGUACCUACAUCAGCUGUAAUAGUCUGACCACUUUUCUACAGGAUAUUAGUCAGUUACCAGACCUAUUACAAGAAGGAGCAAUUUUUAGUGGGGAUGUCACAGGAACAGUUAAUAGUUGUAUCAAUAUGGCGGACAGUAGUGUGGGGAUCUCAGAGGAUCAGAUCUAUUCCUGGCUGUUAAAGGAACCCCAGAUCCUGGUGUGGCUCCCUACCUUCCAUAGGCUGGCAGCAUCAGAGACAGUUAAACAUGACUCAAAGUGUAACAUCUGCAAAUCCUACCCCAUCGUAGGAUUCAGGUAUCGGUGUCUGCAGUGUUUUAACUUUGACAUGUGUCAGCAGUGUUUUUACAUGGGAUGCACCAAAAAGAAACACAAGUUAAAACAUCCAAUACAAGAGUAUUGUUUGUCUACAACAGCCAAAGUGGACACGAAAGCUUUUCUGAAGACUCUACGCAACAAUCUCAGUAAGAAACACAGACAGAAGUCAAAGAGAAAGUAUCUCCCUGUUGUAGCCGAGAGUCACUUGUUCUCUCACACAACUGGGAUGAGAAUAGAGCCUCCAGCCCCAGAUAUUCAUAACACACUGACUCAGAAAUCCCAGCAGUUGGCUGACACUGAAUCUCAUCAUAGAGGGCAUCCUAACCAAGAGGCACUGGAUCAGCAGGAGCAUCUACAGAAAAUCAUUGAACAGUUACGGGAGGAAAAUAGGUGAGUUGAUGUUUUAUGGUA